AUGGCCUGAAGCAAUCAGUCUAUCAUGGCAGAAUUUGUACUCCCUGGUCUACCUCGCUCUUCAGAACUUCAAAUCUUUUACUUCCUAUUCUUUUCCAUAGUCUAUGCAGCCACUGUGCUGGGGAACCUCUUCAUAGUGCUCACCAUCAUGUUAGAACCUCGACUUUAUUCUCCUGUGUACUUUUUGUUGGGUAAUCUCUCCUUCACUGACAUGUCCCUGGCCUCAUUUGCUACCCUCAAAAUGAUCACAGACUUCCUCAGUGAGCAUAAAAUCAUCUCUUUUGAAGGCUGCAUAGCCCAGAUAUUCUUCCUACAUCUCUUAGGAGGUGCUGAGAUUGUUCUGCUGAUCUCCAUGUCCUUUGAUAGGUAUGUGGCUAUAUGUAAGCCUCUACAUUACUUAACCAUCAUGAGCAGGAGGACAUGCAUUGGGCUUAUGAUACUUUCCUGGGUUGUAGGCACCUUUCAUGCUCUGAGUUAGUUAGCGUUUACUGUGAACCUGCCUUUCUGUAGACCCAAUGAAGUAGAUAGCUUCUUUUGUGAUCUCCCUUUGGUAAUUAAACUCACAUGUACAGACACAUACAUUUUAGGGGUGUUCAUGAUCUUCACCAGUGGUAUGAUUGCCCUGGUGUGCUUCAUCCUCCUGGUGAUCUCCUACAUGGCCAUUCUGGUCACUGUCUGGCAGCGUUCCUCCAGAGGCUCAUCCAAAGCUCUUUCCAUAUGCAGUGUCCACUUCACUGUUGUGACUUUCUUCUUUGACCCAUGCAUUUUCAUCUAUGUGUGGCCUUUCACAAACUUCCCAAUAGACAAAGCACUCUCAGUAUUUUAUACCAUAUUUACCCCCCUCUUGAAUCCAGUUAUCUAUACUCUUACAAAUAAAGAUGUCAAGGAUUCUAUGAGGAAAUUAAGAGACUCACAUCUGAACUCUUGGUGA